UCAAUUUUCCUCGAGGAAUUUUAAUAAUCGAGGUACUCGAAUCACUCGAGGAAUCGUUUCAGCCCUACUUUACAGUUUACCAGAUCAGAUCGCAUUGCACUAAAAUUGGAUUAAAUUGGUUUAUAUUAAAUUGGAUUUGACUGUUCUGGGUUGGGUUGAAUCGAUUGGAUCUGGAUAAGAGAGGGAAGCUGUGUGAGAAACCUUCUGUUGUGAAGUGUUGCGUUGGUAAUAAAUCCGGGUUAAAUCAUUUUACAUUAAGUUAGGAGUCCAGAGAGCAGCAGAGAGAGAGAGAGAGAGAGAGAGAGAGGGUGUUGGAGCUGCGGUAAUCCUGUGAUCUAAACCCGCAUUCAGCCUCAGUGGGAGGUAAAACCAGCCUGGCAGCAGACGGAGCCUCCGCAGGUCUGAGCAGCACUCGGCAGGAUGCAACGUCCGCUCGCUCUCUGCUGCUGCUUCCUGCUCCUCUCUCACGCCCCGAGCCCGACGAAAGGUAAGAACAGCCAGAAAACAAAAUGUUUUCAGKUUUACUCCCCGUUUUCAGGUGGAACCAGCGUUUCUGUUUCAAAKAGUUUUUCUUUGCAGGUAAUUGAAGGAGGCAAAGCCAAGCAAAAGAUUUUCACCUACGACUCUGUUUUCAACACGAGUUUCUCCAACAUGGAGGACACAAACAAACGAGAGGAGCUGAUUUACCACUCAACAGUUCGCCUCCCGGAGGUGCAGCUGGAGGAUGACGGUCUGUAUGAAUGCCAUGUUGGGAUCUGCAGCAAAGGAUCCAGAGAUCAGCUGAUCGAAGCGUCUGGCAGCGUCACGCUCUCCGUUAUCGUUCCCCCCAGGUCUAUUUCUGUGGCGGCAGCCAACAGCCCGGCUCCGUUCAGCCGUUACGAGGCCAAGAACUUCACCCUGGUUUGCAUUGUUACUGGAGCAAAGCCGGCUCCCUCGGUUUACUUCAAACGGGACGGUGAGCUCAUUGACGUGUUUCCAGCWGCUCGGUCUUCUUCGUUGGUGGGGCAUCACAGUAAAGCCUCCAAAAGAAACCGGAGCGCGAACCAGGUUCUUCCCAGAGGAGAUGUUGACGACACCAAAAUCCAGAAGUCCCUGUCCCUGCAGAACCAAGUGGGGAAGGUGACCCAGCUUAGAGAGAAUGAGACGGACAGCUUGGAGCGAGGCGGGGAGGAAGCGUCCAGGUUGAAGCUGCAGCCGACUACGGAGGGCAUCCCGGAGACGGUGGUGAGCCGGGAGUUUCCCCGCUGGGUCCAGAGCAGCGACCCGCUCUACUACUUCCAGCACUGGCAGCAGGUGGCGGGCGACGGCACCAUGGAGGCCAGAGCCAUGCUGACCUGGAGCCUCAACCCCCAGCUGGACAACGAAGCGCUGUUCAGCUGCGAGGUCAACCACCCCGCUCUGUCCAUGCCCAUGCAGGCCGAGGUCACACUCAGUAAGGCCACCACUCAAACCGCAGCCACUUCCUGCGCCUCAGAACCGGAUCAGUACUGGGGGUUGAACUUGUGUCCACAGACCAAGGUGUUCCCGGAGCCUCUGCUCACCUGGACUCGGGUCGGCGGGAACCUGCUGGACGGCAGCGAGAAGCACGAUGGGAGGGAGCUGGUUCUGGAGCGGGUCCCCGCCGAGCUGAACGGAUCCAUGUUCCGCUGCACGGCGCAGAACCCUCUGGGCUCCACCGACACACACACCCGCCUCAUCGUGUUCGAGAACCCAAGACUGAAGAAAGGAAGGGAACAUUUUAUCGCUCUGAACGCAGCGGCCUCUCGGCUCUCCCUGGUACCGAACCUCCUGGUUCUGCUGGGCCUCGCCUGUGGGCUGACAUGAGCMGAGCUCCAGCAGAACUCCGGCCGCAGCGAGGAGCUCCAGCUGGGAGCUUCACCUCCGCCAGGGAGACCGGACCCGGAGGCUCAGCGGACUCAGUCGGCUUCGGCAGGGUGUGUGUCCGGGAGCAGGCGCCGCUCCGCUCCGGUCCGGCACACGGAUCUGGGCAGACGGGUUUUCAUUCUGGACGUCAGCCGGAUCUCAGCUUUGGUCAUUUUUUCCCAGGAUAACUGGAUCUGGUUGCCAGAUCUGACUGACAGUUUCCGGCCCAAACAGAACCUAAAACCCGGUCAACUUAAAAAAAAACCA